AUGCCAUCAUCCUUCCUCGAAGAUCCUUUAGCUCUUGUCCCAGGCCGCAUUGCUACCUUCAAGAAAUGGCCAUUCAGACGUCCCAAAGACAAAUGCGUCCCUCAAACCUUAGCCAACGCUGGAUUUUAUCAUCGACCAGAUGUAUCGGAGGACUCAGUUCAAUGUUUUGUUUGCCACAAAUUCUUUUAUGGAUGGAAUCCUGACGAGGAUCCGAUGACCGAGCAUAAGACUAAGUGCCCUGACUGCGCCUUCGUGCGCCUAGUGGAGGAACAUGGUGGGGGUUACGAGAAGGCACCACGUCUGGCAGUGAUCGAGACAGAGUGCGCUCGCCUCCGGGAUAAAUUUUCCUAUCUCUUCGAGCAGGAGCUGCAGCACCGUCUCCAAAUUUAUGACAACGAUCUCAAGCGUCUUAAGGAGGCCGUCUUCUCAUUCACCAAGAACAACAAUAUAACCCUACCAUCGACUGUCGUAAAGACUAGAAAUGCAAGGAAAAGGCCCGCUUGUUAA